ACACAGGGGCGCUGUGGUUCGCUCCAUGUCCUUGAGAUAACCGGAUGUAAAGAGCGUCGACAUGGUGGAUUUUCCUCUACCGUCGUCAUGGCUAUUUUGUAUGUGGUCAACGACAGCAAGAAUUGAUUCGGAAAUUAAUUCAAAAACGUGGAUGUCGUUUUGAAAACGUACAGCAUUUUGGCACUGGAGUGACGGUUUUUCCAAGCCGAUCACUGCUGUUCAGUUCGGUGUGUUUGGACUGGAUAAUUUUGCAGUCCCCUAUUUUGGUAUAUGAGUUCACAAGUAUCAAUCGAAUUGCUGUGUUUGUGGAUUUAAAGAGGUGGUUCAGCAAAUCGCGGAGUGAGGACACAGCGGUCAUGGGCACUUUCAAACGAAGAGGCCAACCAUGCCUAAAAAAGUAAUCCUGCCAUCAAUCUGACUGCGAGGAGUCGUCAGCAAACCCAAGUGGAAGUUGUAUAGUUGAAAAGCUUCAAAAAGGGAGCAGUAAAGAUGGGUGAAGUGACUCCCGUGGAUGAGUUGAUGAGGAAAGUCCUCCUUCCGGAGCCACAACUCAUCAUUUUGGCCCUGCCACCCCCUUUUCUUCCAACGGCCGAUGAACCGAGCAUCGUUUGGCCCAAGUGGCUCAUUGCCUUCGAACGCUACCUGGACGCACUCGACGACGAGAAGCUGACUGACGCCAGUAAAUGUAUGCUUCUGCACAACUGUCUGGGCCCAGAGGGUCAGCGCGUCUUCGCGACGCUGGUCCCGCGGGAACAGUCGUACGUGGCGGCCGUCUCGGCGAUGACCGCCUACUUCACCGCUGGCCGGAACACUCGGGCGCGUUUGCUCCGAUUCCACCAAAGGACUCAGAUGGACGGUGAGAGCACGGAUGACUUUGUGGCGGCGUUGGAGGCGCUGCUGGCGCCCGGCGACCGCGUGGGCGAGGAACUGAUCUUAACUCAGCUGACUGAAAAAACCAUUCUGCCGCAGCUCAGGGAGCGUCUGCGCUCGCAAAGGGAAACGCUCACGCUGGCCGCCGCCCUGCGCAUCGCAAAAGAGGUGGAGUCCGGGGUCGUCAACCGGCCUGACUUCAAGCCUCUCGUGCAACAACGCAAAAGAGGAAGGCCUCGGCGUGGGGAGAGAGUUGCGGUUGCAACCCGAAGGUCCAAACGCAAAGUCACCUGUAGCCCUCGCAAAAACAACCCGACGGAUGAUAACGACGACGACGGCGGCGACAAUUGCGUCGAUGAUGAUUGUGACGACGAUAACAACGGCAGCGCCUCAUCGUCGCCCUUCAAACUGGAGGAAUUCUUGGACGAGCCAAGUACGGAAGGCAACGCAAAGAUGCGAAAGACGUUUGCUUGCGCCAUCUGCGCCGACAGACACUUCGUCAGCGCGCACAAGCUGGCGCGACACAUGAGGACGCACACGCAGGAAAAGCCCUUCCGCUGCCCCGUCUGCCCCACCGUCUUCAGCCAGUCCUACCACCUGACGCGGCACAUGCGAGUGCAGCACAACGCCGCCCAGCACGUGUGCUCGACGUGCUGCGACAGCUUCGGGAGCGCCGAGGAGCUCAAGAGCCACAAGAAGGCGCACGCGGCGCAGUUCCUGCUGUGUCCCUACUGUCCCGAGAGGUCGCCCAACGACGCGGCUUUUUUACGCCACCUCGCGUACCACGAGGAGCACCGACGGGGAACCGCCGAGGCGACACGAGGGAAGGACGUCCAAACCAAUGCGGAGGAAAUCCAGACCGACGUGACGGAGUCGUCGAUGGGCCAUGUCGGAAGCGUUGCCGGCGGCGGCUCCAAUGAAAAUCGGGAAUCCGACGUACGCGUCGAGACGGAAACGACGCCGACUUCCCGCGAAGGGGUAAGCGGCGCGAGCGUCCCCUGCAAGAAAACCCACGUGUGCCCCGUGUGCAACGUGACCUUACCCUACGCCGACAAGCUCAACCGACACAUGCGCACGCACACCAAAGAGAAGCCCUUCCGGUGCACGGUGUGCUCGCUGGCUUUCAGCCAAUCGUACCACCGCAACCGCCACAUGAAGAAACAGCACGGCGUGCGGCAGCACGGCUGCCGCAGGUGCGGAAAGACGAUGGCGAGCUGGGCCAAGCUGAAGCAGCACCGGAAGACGCACGCGGGCAAAGAGCUGACGUGCCCCGCCUGCAACAAGAGCUUCAAGGAGAAAGCCCACUUGGAGAGCCACCUGAAGUUACAUCCGAAGAUCCCGCGCGGCCCUUACUCGCUCAUCUGCGAAGAGUGCGGCAAAGUGUUCGGACGCAGGUACCACUUGAAGAGGCACGUUCUGGUGCAUUGCCGGGCCGCCAACAACGAGUGCUACACCUGCGCCGAGUGUCACAAGAACUACGCCUCGGCGGAGGACCUGAAGAAGCACCUGAUCAAUCACGCCAAGGAGAAGAGCGGAACGUGCCCGCGCUGCGACCGGAACUUCGGCAGCCGCGAGGAGCUGGAGGCGCACGUGGCGGCGCAUAACGCCUCCUACCUGUGCAGCGUCUGCGGGAAGAAGUUCAAGGUGGAGGCGGUGCUGAAGAAGCACGAGGAGAAGCACAAGGGCCAGCACUACCACUGCGCCGUGUGCAGCAAGCACUUCGGCGACCCGGCGCAGUACCAGCGGCACGUGGAGAUGCACGACCGGCGCGAGAGCAAAUGCCCGCACUGCGAAUGCGUCUUCCUCAAGCACACCGCCUUCAAGUAUCACCUCCAAACGCACACCAAGGAGAGACCCCACCAGUGCGCGUACUGCGCGGACACCUUCGUGGACAACGAGGAGCUGGAGCGCCACCGCCUCAAGCACAGGAAGUUCCGCAAGGAGCGCCCGUACAACUGCACGCGCUGCGACGCCGCCUUCGCCGCGCUGGCCGAGCUGACGGCGCACUUGGAGGGCCACAAGGGCGAGGCGCCGCUCAGCUGCGACAUCUGCGGCCGCACCUUCCUCAACGCCGGCAAGCUGGAGAAGCACCUGAGCAUCCACACGGGCGAGCGGCCCCACCUGUGCCCGCACUGCGGCAACGGCUUCCCGACGGCCGCCAACCUCAAGCAGCACAUCUACUCGCACACGGGCGAGAAGCCCUUCGCCUGCUCCGAGUGCAGCAAGACCUUCCGCUCGGCCAGCGGCCUGCGCCUGCACGGCCGGCGGCACAUGGACGCGCCGCCCAGCUUCCGGUGCGCCGACUGCGGCAGGACUUACGGCCGCAUGACCGAGCUGAGGAUGCACCAGCGCUACCACACGGGGGACAGGCCCUACACGUGCGUCAGCUGCACCAAAACCUUCGUCAGCAAGCACAAGCUGAUGGUGCACGCUCGCAUACACACGGGAGAGAGGCCGUACUCGUGUCCCUACUGCAAACAGACCUUCAGACAGACGGGAGACAGAAACAGACACAUCAAUAAGUUCCACUCGAAAGAUUCGCAACUGCUUUCGACUCCGGGGUGGUGAUGGCCGUGUCGUUUCAGGAAACGGCGUCAUCCCGCAGCAGCAAUGACAGAAUCGGCCCGAAGCCAUGUUUCCACCAAACGGUCCCGUUCACUAACGGCAGGGUUAAGAUCAGUCAAACAAAAAGGUUUUGGUGGUCUCAUUUUCAAAUCCUGUUUGUCAGCAGACUAAAUUUCACUCUUUCUGGAAGCUAAAAAACACUUUUCACAGAUAUUGACAAACGGCGAGUGAUGCCAUAGCAGCUUGACUGAAUCAGCUCGGCAGAACUUUUGCUUUACAAGUUCGAGAUGGCUGGAAAUGUUUGUCAGUCACUCAUAUUUAACAUUCUGCUGUAUAGUUGAUUGCAAAAACUGUUCCGAUACGACUACACGGACAGCUCUUCACCAACCUGGCAUGUAGAGUACCUUUCGGGUAAGAGCCAUGUCAGGUGCAUGGAGAUGCUUUAAGGACACGGGUUGCAAAUUAUACUCUGCAAAACCGACGAUGACCUCCUAUCGGACAGUGACAGAGAUAGCUGUCGUCUUGCAAACCCCUGAGCUCAGCGAGCCCCAUCGCCUGCCUCGCCGCACCUUGAGUAAGUACAAGCGAUAAUGUGAUAAAGUAUGACAACAGUUGUCAUAUCAGUUUUAUUUUCAAGAAACAGGCUUGCAUUUGUUUAUACUCACUUUUGUUUGUAUCAAACACACGAGACAUAACAUGCCAUCCUGUUUUUUUUUUCGUUUUUUUUAAGUGAAACGAGGCAAGACGGACAAAACAGGCGGUGGAACGUCGGUCAUAACAAGUUGUUACUGUAAAAAGUGUUAUAUUUGAGUGAACCAUAUGUCAUAUUAAAGAGAAGUGUGUUUUUGAACAAUAUUUGAUUGGAAUGAAACAUUUUCAACACAGUCUCAAGACGUUCUGGUUUUAUUCAGUACCAGCGUACAACAUUGGCGACUACACAAAUGUAAAUCCUUGUACUUGGCCUGAAUAAAAAGUUAUAUCAUUCAUCCCUCACACCAACUAAAAAUGCCAAGCAUUCAAGUGGUUUUACUGAAGUGUGAAUAAAAUGUCAAACAAAUGGACCACGUUUAUAAUAUGUACAGUCGGUGCAACAAACUGCAUUGUAACAUUGAGAUUGUAAAAAUAAACUGUUGUCUUGUAAAAAUA